GGUCUCCCAGGCCCGUGGCCGCGACCCGCGAUGGCGCGGCUGGGCGCGCUCGUCUGCUGCCUGCUGGCUGCUUGGCACUGCCGCCCCGGCCUCGGACUGCCUCUGGCUCCCGCUGGCGGCCCGAGUCCCAGUCCGGCGGUGGUAUCCCCUAUAGGUGUAGCUGUUAUCUAUCUUACACCAGGCAAGUGAGACGGAAGGACUUCUGUUUUCUGGAAGGACAUUUGAAUGUGAGCACGCACAGAGAGGACAGUUUUGGCACGUGACUGACUUACACUUAGACCCUACUUACCACAUCACAGAUGACCACACAAAAGUGUGCGCUUCCUCGAAAGGUGCAAGUGCCUCCAACCCUGGCCCUUUUGGAGAUGUUCUAUGUGAUUCUCCUUAUCACCUCAUUCUGUCAGCAUUUGAUUUUAUUAAAAAUUCAGGACAGGAAGCAUCUUUUAUGAUAUGGACAGGGGAUAGCCCACCUCAUGUUCCAGUGCGUGAACUCUCAACAGACACGGUCAUAAAUGUGAUUGCUAAUAUGACCACCACAGUCCAGAGUCUCUUUCCAAAUCUCCAGGUUUUCCCUGCACUGGGUAAUCAUGACUAUUGGCCACAGGAUCAACUGCCUGUAUUCACCAGCAAGGUGUACAAUGCAGUAGCAAGCCUCUGGAAGCCAUGGCUGGAAGAAGAAGCUAUUAGUACUCUAAGGAAAGGUGGCUUUUAUUCACAGAAAGUUUCAACUAAUCUGAACUUUAGGAUCAUCAGUCUCAACACAAACUUAUACUAUGGCCCAAAUAUUGUGACCCUAAAUAAGACUGACCCAGCAAAUCAGUUUGAAUGGCUAGAAAAUACACUGAACAUCUCUCAGCAAAAUAAGGAGAAGGUGUACAUCAUAGCUCAUGUUCCAGUGGGGUACCUGCCUUAUUCAAGGAGCAUCACGGCAAUGAGAGAAUACUAUAAUGAGAAAUUGAUAGAUAUUUUUAGAAAAUACAGUAACAUCAUUGCAGGACAAUUUUAUGGACACACUCACAGAGAUAGUAUUAUGGUUCUUUCAGAUAAAAAAGGAAAUCCGGUAAAUUCUUUGUUUGUGGCUCCUGCUGUUACUCCGGUGAAGAGUGUUUUAGAAAAACAGACCAACAACCCUGGUGUCAGACUAUUUCAAUAUGAUCCUCGUGAUUAUAAAUUACUGGAUGUGCUACAGUAUUACUUGAACCUGACAGAUGCUAAUCUAAAGGGAAAAUCUAAUUGGAAGCUGGAGUAUACCCUGACCCAGGCCUAUGACAUUGAAGAUUUGCAGCCAAAAAGUUUGUAUGAAUUAGCUAAACAAUUUGCAAUCUUAGACAGUAAACAGUUUAUAAAAUACUACAAUUACUUCUUUGUGAGUUAUGACAGUAGGGUAAUUUGUGAUGAGAAAUGUAAGGCCUUUCAGAUUUGUGCAAUUAUGAAUCUUGAUGUUAUUUCGUAUACAGAUUGCCUCAAACAGUAUUAUAUAAAGCACAAUCCAUAGUAUUUCACAGCCUAUACUCAUAGAAAAUGUAUCAUUGCUCUGUUUCUGAGAUCAGUUUGUGGAAUUGUUAUGCAAAAAUUGGCGAGUUGCUGAGUGGGCAGGAAGAAUUCCUGUCUUUGCUUUUUUAUGAUGCCCAAAAUGUAGAUAUUUUUAACAUCCUAAAUUUUUAUUAUAUCGAAUGUAUCUAAACUGCCCAUUACUAGAAUGAUGUUUGGAUGUACAUACCCUAUCUUCCAGUUUAUAUAAUUGCAUUUAAUUUAUACUCUUGUUGAAAUUGUCAUUUAUACAAUAAGACAAAUUACUUUUCUCUAAGUAUGACGAAUUAUUUUUAAUAUGAUAAUUUUCAGUCUUUUAAUUCAUUCUUCUGGAAACUUCAUGUGUUAACUGAGGUUCAGACAGUUUUAAGUAUCAUGAGGUUGACACUGUUUAUGCACUAUCUAUACUCUUGGGAAAACACCAAGGUCACAUUAGGGCCAUCUCUGAGUCUAUGAAACAUCACAGGACAUGACCUCACUAGCUGUCUUCAUUCUGUGAGUGAAGGGCAGUCCUCUUUAGAACUAAGUUUUAAGGAAGAGAAUGUCACGGGAGAAUGGCUAAAUAUUUUAUCAGACUUUAAAAAUGCAGAAAUAGUAUUUAUAUGUUGCUUACAGAUACAUGUAAUAGAUUCCCCCAGAAGAGGUGUGUUGGUAAACAUCAAAUACAGGAAUGUUGGAGGUUAAUGAAUGGGAAAGUUGAUUGGGGAGAGAUAUAUAAGGGGAUUUAAAUGUGUUGGUAAAGUUUUAUUUCCUAGUUCAAUCAAUUUCCUAGUGGCUAUGUUAAUGUUAGCUCUAUUUUUCUUUAUAUAUUUUUAAAUAUAUUAAGUACUAUAGAGAUCCAGCCUUUAAAGUUGAUGAUAUUGGCUCUUCUACGGAGAAUGAUUCAUAAUGAAAGCAUGGAGACGCUUGGAGGGUUUCAAGUAGUCUAGUAGAGAAGGGACUGUGGGGGGUGCUGAGGUGCUGCCAGUGGAGAGAAGUAGCCCUUUUGUGAUAUAUUUGGUAAGUAGAAGCAGCAGGAUUUAUUGAUGGCAAGGAUGUAAGAGCUAAAGUACAGAGAGAAAUAAAGGAUGACUGCUAGAUUUUUGGCUGGAGAAACUGGUAGAUGGUUGUGUUAUGAGGGAGUUGGGAUUACUAGAAGAGGAGAGGGCUGGCGGGGAGUGUGAGGGACACAGAGCAACAGAUUAAGAGUACUAUAGUGUAUUACAGCUGAUACAGGCUACCCAAGAAUUCCUCUAGUUCUUUAAACAUUUUUCUAUUCUAAUCAUCUCUAAAUUGAGAACUUAAGGAUUUCUUUUAAAAAAUAAAUUAGUACCCUAAGAAAGCAGCCAAACAACUCAGACUCUACUACUGUGAUUGUUUCUACAAUAUUUAAAAUUUAUUAGGAAUAAACAUGACUUACUUAUAGGAAUGUAUCAUCUGCCUGCCUCCCCACUGGUACUGCCUAAAUCAUUCUAGACAAACAUCAAGGACACUUAAGGAAAGGAAAAAUAGUAUUAAUUCAGUUAUUGAUGAGCUAUCUAUUCUUUUGGUAGAGAAUGGAUUUUCUCAAGCUACAGCAUCCCCUACUUGGGUUGCUUCUCCUUGGAGCAAUUAUGUAUGUUAAGCAUAAUUAGGCAACCUUUCCAUGAACACAGAAAGAAAUAAUAAGGUAAGGAUCAUGUUUAUUUUAUAAUUAGUUUUUCAAAACAUACCUGAAGUUCCUGUUUUACAAAAUUCUCCUCAUUAAAAUUUAGUGUGAUUCAUCAUCCUUAACUUUUAGUAAAACAAAUUUCUUUCUACAAUCUGUUGUUUAAUUUUAAACAAAUCAGUAUAAAACUCCUCUCUUUUAUUGUAAAACUUCAGGUCUUUUGCAUUCUAUGCUAUACAUAGUACAUUCCCUUAUGAAAGUUCUAUGUCCCCAAACUGGUGGUUUUAGGAAGAUGGCUGUGAGUGUCCCCUGACCAUUGCCUUGUAGGCUUGGAGGACUUUUCUUUAUGCAGGACUAGGGACCCAGUGGUCCUUUUGGUUUCUGUAGCCUUUGUUCCUGCCUCAGUGAAGACUCUUUCCUCCCAUCACCACCCCAUAUUCUAAUUAACAUAGAUUGUCAGUUUCUAAACACACAUGUAAUUAUACAUUUCAAAAGAUUUUCAAUAUGUAUGUUUGAUAACUUACUUGAAUUCAAAAUACGUAACUCAAAACUCAACAGUAAGAAAACAACCCAAUUUUUUAAAAUGUCAAAAGAUCCAAAUACUUCACCAGUGAAGAAAUACGAAUGGCAAACAAGCAUGUAAAAAGACACUCUACAACAUUAGUCAUUUAAAAAAAUGUAAACUAAAAAGUAAAAAAAAAUUUUAAAGUAAAUAAAUUACUACCACACUCC